CAUGUGAAGCAACAAUGAUUAUUUCAAUAAUAAUGAGAAUAUGAGAUCAGGUAUUUUAACGAGGUCGUGUUGUGUUUUGUAUUUGGCCCGUCCUUCUAUCCCAAGUCGGUUCGUGUUUCCAAUUGUUGUAGAACAUCAAUAUCGUAUUUAUUUGUACAAUGGCAGAAUCUAAAGACUUUCUAUCAAAAUUUCACUUGGAAGCAGGUAUCAGCAGCAAGGACUUCCAGAAAAUAUGGAAAAACUAUGAUACUGAUGAAAACGGUUACAUUGAACAAGGGGAAUUGGAGAACCUAAUUAAGGACCUUAUGAUGCAAGCUGAUGAAGAAGUCACGCCUGCCUCAAUGCAAGCAUAUAAAAAACAUAUUAUGACAUUUUUCGACUCAAAUACCGAUGGAAGAUUGGACGUUAAAGAAAUGCUCAAAAUGUUUCCUGUUAAAGACCCAUCGUCUUCAGCAUAAUCAUACGAGUUUUCGAAAUUGGGCACUGAUGCGAUAGAAGCUACCAAAAGCAAUCUGGCCCUGUCAUGAAAAUAUCAUGUCAGUUACCUACAACAUGAUAGGCCUACAGACAGUAUUAAUAGCCAAGCAUCUGUUUUGUUUUCUGUUUAUCGUCAUAAUUUGCACUCGCUCUGACAUAGCAUUUCAAUAGCACAACUGUCUUUGAAUGAAUGAAGCUACUAUUAGCCUACACCACA